GUUCAAUGUAUUAAGGAUCAAGAUGGUAUGAGAUCAGUGUGUGUGUGUGUCCAUGAGGACAGAGGAUGUGAGAUUCUAGAACGCGCCAAGAAGGGGUGGGGUGAUAUAUGAAGUUCUAGUGACUGCUAAUGUUGGUUUAGAGCCAUGGAGGCGCUUAAGUGUGUGCCAAUGGGAGGAGAGUCAGCAGUAUGAGACCUGGAAUAUGCUAAUGAGCGUCAGAACAUAGUGAAGACGGGUGUGUGUGCUUGUGUCUAUGGGGGACUGGGGUGUGUUGAGGUUCCAGGGAGUGUUAAUGGGUAGAGCUGUGGAGGGAAUCUAGUGUGCAAUAAGGAGGAUCAGGGCUGGGAAGGGGUCCAAGUGUGAACCAACGGGGGUUAUAGCUGUGGAGGAGUUGAAGCAAAGAGAAAUGAAAGACAGGAAUAUGUGAAGGUCUAGGUGUGCUCAGGUGGAUUAGAGCCAUGGAGGGCUCACGUGUGUGCUAAGGGGAGUCUGGGCUGAAUCAAGACCUUUGUUCGCUAAUGAGGGUCAGGCCAUUAUAGAACAGUGUGUUUGUGUGUCCCCGGGGAAUAGGGCUGAGUAAGGGUUCAGGGUGUGCUAAUGGGAAGGCACUGUGUGAGGCCCAGUGUGUGAUAAUAGAGGUCAGGGUGAAGUGAAGGUCCAGCUUGUGCUGAGGGGAGGUGGUGUGGGGUGGGGGCGGGAAUAGGGUAGUGAGGAGACCAGAAUACAUGUUAAUGAUAGUUAUAGCUGUGGAGGGGUCUGAGUGUGGGCAAAAAACAGGUCAGGGAUCUUCAAGGUUCACUUUGUGUUAAUGGGAUUCAAGGCAGUGUGAAGGUCCAGUGAGUGCUAAUGUGGGUCAGCUGUAGAGGGUCCCAAGUGCAUAUUAAUAGGGGUCAGAAUCAUGUAGGGGGAACAGUGUGUUGAUGGGGGGGUGAGUGCUGUGGAGAAGCUAACAGGCGGCUGGACCUGGGAGGUGCCCACAAAUGGCGGUAAGAGUUAACUUAGAGGGGCCUGAGUGUAUGCUAAUGAGUUGAGUGUUCUGCUGGGGCUUUGUAUGCUGAUGGAUGUUAGAGAUAAAUAGGGAAAUUGCAGGUGCUGAUAGCAGUUCAAAUGCAGAGAGGACUUCUGAGGGCCCAGUGUGUACUGAAAGAAGCAGAACACUGUGAGGGUCCAGUGUGUGCUUAUGGGAGUCCGGACAGGAGGAGGAUGGUGUGUUCCUGUGGGAGUUAGUCGAGUGGGAUGACUGUGGCCUCAGUGGUGAGUGUGGUGUGAGGUGGUGAGUGUCCUUGGGUGUGAGAGUAUUCUAAGGGUGGUUACGUGUCCUCGGGGGUCAGGAAGCAUGUGUGCCCUUUUUUGAGUGGAGUUGUAUCCAGUUUCUUGCUCCCUCUUUCACUAUUCUGAAAUCUAAAAAGCUCAGAAAAGUGAAACGAUACUAUUUAAGUUUUACUGCAUGUUAAUGUUCAAGUGUCUCUGUUCACAGGGGCUGCCCAGCGCCCCCCUGCUGGGGGUGGUGCAUGAUACACAGAUUUUGUACUCCAUCUUCCUAAAAUCCCCAAAAAACUGAACUCUGGAACGUGUCCAGCCCUUGGGGUUUCCAGUUAGAGGUCAUGGACCCAUGGCUCUUUCUGGCACCCUCCUCAUCCUCGAUCUAGCCCUACUUACAGCCCCCUCUAGAUCCCCCAUUCCCUGCCACAACAGGCAAAGCGACUGGGUAUCCGUGCCAUAUGGACACAAGACAGUCUUUGGGGGCUGGCCAUGUUUCACCUUAGCCUCAGGUCCGGUGUUCAGCCUCCUGGGUCAGGAUUUUGUUGUUAUCCUGGGUUCUCUGGAUGGACCUCAUCCUCUUUACUGAGGUCUUGCUAGGCUGGCCCUUUACCCCUCCUGGGGGUGGUGAGGUCAGGCAGGGGGUGUGGGGACCUCUAGGGUAAGCAUCUGAUUUCAAGGUAACAGAUGACCCACUUCUCUCCGCGAAUCCAGCCCCAGCCUCAUCCUCGACCUCCUAUCUAGCUCCACUUCCCUUGGGCCCAGGGCCAUCUUAGGCCCUGCUGUGAGUCCAGAUGGUUCCUGGGCCAGGUCUUUCCCCCUCCUUGCUGGCUCAGAGCCCAGGAGGAAGCAGAAGAAGGCCGGCCUGAGCCUUUUGGUGGCCGUGUUCCCUCUAGCAGCCCCAUCUAGGUCAUCUGCUGAUGCUAGUGUCCCUGGGCCACCUUGUCUGGGGUUGUUCAUGAGUAGCAGGGACUCAACCCUGUUCACUUUGGUAGAGGUUAGUCCUAGGCCUUCAGCCCCCUGAUUCAUUAAUUUCUGCCAUAAGCACUUUUUGAGCAUCUACUCUGUGUCAGUCACUGUUCCAGGUUCUCAGGAUAUAACCGUGACCUAAACAGAAAUCUACCUUGGCGGAGCUGAUCUUCUAGUUAUGGCGGUGAGGAGACAGUAAAGAAUAAAGAAGCCAAUAAGUAGAUGGUGUUAUUUCUGAGGAGGUCGCCAUGGAUCGGAUGAAGAAGAUCAAACGGCAGCUGUCCAUGACACUCCGAGGGGGCCGAGGUGUAGACAAGACCAAUGGUGCCCCGGAACAGAUAGGCCUGGAUGAGAGUGGCGGUGGUGGUGGCAGUGACCUUGGAGAGGCCCCCACACGUGUCGCCCCUGGGGAACCUCGCUCUGCACGGUGCCCGCUCAGCUCUGCACCAGAGAUUGUACACGAGGACUUGAAGAUGGGUUCUGACGGGGAAAGUGACCAGGCUUCAGCCACGUCCUCAGAUGAGGUGCAGUCGCCAGUGAGGGUGCGCAUGCGCAACCAUCCUCCACGCAAGAUCUCCACUGAGGACAUCAACAAGCGCCUAUCUUUACCAGCCGACAUCCGGCUGCCCGAGGGCUACCUUGAGAAGUUGACCCUCAAUAGCCCCAUCUUCGACAAGCCCCUCAGCCGCCGUCUCCGCCGUGUCAGCCUGUCCGAGAUUGGCUUUGGGAAACUGGAGACUUACAUCAAGCUGGACAAGCUGGGCGAGGGUACCUAUGCCACCGUCUACAAAGGCAAAAGCAAGCUCACAGACAACCUUGUGGCACUGAAAGAGAUCAGACUGGAACACGAAGAGGGGGCACCCUGCACCGCCAUCCGGGAAGUGUCCCUGCUCAAGGACCUCAAACACGCCAACAUCGUCACUCUACACGACAUUAUCCACACAGAGAAGUCCCUCACCCUUGUCUUUGAGUACCUGGACAAGGACCUGAAGCAGUACCUGGAUGACUGUGGGAAUGUCAUCAACAUGCACAACGUGAAACUGUUCCUGUUCCAGCUGCUCCGUGGCCUGGCCUACUGCCACCGGCAGAAGGUGCUACACCGAGACCUCAAGCCCCAGAACCUGCUCAUCAAUGAGAGAGGAGAGCUCAAGCUGGCCGACUUUGGCCUGGCCCGGGCCAAGUCAAUUCCAACAAAGACCUACUCCAAUGAGGUGGUGACACUGUGGUACCGGCCCCCUGACAUCCUGCUUGGGUCCACGGACUACUCCACCCAGAUUGACAUGUGGGGUGUGGGCUGCAUCUUCUAUGAGAUGGCCACAGGCCGGCCGCUCUUCCCGGGCUCCACAGUGGAGGAACAGCUGCACUUCAUCUUCCGCAUCUUGGGAACCCCAACUGAGGAGACAUGGCCGGGCAUCCUGUCCAAUGAAGAGUUCAAGACAUACAACUACCCCAAGUACCGAGCCGAGGCCCUUUUGAGCCAUGCACCCCGGUCCCCUUGUUCUUGUGGUAGACUUGACAGCGAUGGGGCUGAUCUCCUCACCAAGUUGCUGCAGUUUGAAGGUCGCAAUCGGAUCUCCGCAGAGGACGCCAUGAAACAUCUAUUCUUCCUCAGUCUGGGGGAGCGGAUCCACAAACUUCCUGACACUACUUCCAUAUUUGCACUAAAGGAGAUCCAGCUACAAAAGGAGGCCAGCCUUCGAUCUUCAUCAAUGCCUGACUCAGGCAGGCCAGCUUUCCGUGUGGUGGACACCGAGUUCUAAGCUGAGUUCUAAGCCACAGACCAAGGCCCCAGCAGGCAGCGGCUGGAGGGAUGCCACACCCCUCACAGGGCAGCCCCCCAACUGCAUUCUCCCUGCUUGCUGCCUGCCUACCUGCCUGACUCAUGCUCGCCUGCCCACGUGUCCCCUGCUGCCUGUCUGGACACCCGACCAUUGGCCUGUCAACCCACCCAUUGGCCUGUCUGCUGGGUGCUAACAAAGCUCUCAUCGCUCCUUC